AUGCUCCGCCCGGUGUGCUUCGAUGUCAGGAAGUAUGGCUCAGAUUGGAUGAAGAAUGAAGUGGUGCCUCCAAUCAUCAAGGGCGAACAGACCGUCGUGCUGAGCAUCACCGAAGCCUUCGCCGGCUCCGACGUGGCGGGGCUCCGGACCACGGCGGUGCUGGACGCCAGUGGGGAGAACUACAUCGUGAACGGCACCAAGAAGUGGAUCACAGGGGGCAUGUACGCGGAUUGGUUUGUGACCGCGGUGCGCACGGGGAAGCCCGGUGCCGGUGGUAUCUCCAUGAUGUUGAUCCCCCGAUCCGAUGCAGUUCAGACGAAGAUCAUGAAGAGCAAAUAUUCCAGCUCUGCGGGCACAGCCUACGUGACCUAUGAGAACUGCGUGGUGCCCAAGAAGUACCUCAUCGGAACCGAGAACAAGGGCUUCCAGAUCAUCAUGUCCAACUUCAACCACGAACGUUGGAUGAUCACUGUGGUUUGCAUCGCCCGUGUCCGCAUGUGCACCGAGGAGACCUUCAAGUGGUCCAUGCAGCGGAAGGUCUUUGGAAAGCCCCUCAUUGAGCAGCCUGUGAUCCGUGAGAAGCUGGCACAGAUGUUCGCUGGGGUGGAGACCUGCACCCAGAUGCUCUACGACAUCACUUACAACAUGGUUUCCAUGGGUUCUCAGGGUGCUGAGGUGGGCGCCCGGAUCGCCUUGUUGAAGUACCAGGCCACGCGCAUGAAUCACCUCGUGGCCGACAACGCGGUGCAGGUCUUCGGCGGGCGAGGCGUCACCCAAACAGGCAUGGGACGUGUCGUCGAGGUGUUCUCGCGCAUGUACAAGAUCCCUGCAGUCUACGGUGGAAGCGAGGAGAUCAUGGCUGACUUGGCAGUGCGGACAGCCAUCAAGGGCUAUCCAAAGCAAGCGAGACUGUGA